UAAUUUUUUUUUCACGAAUCCGUGAGACGCAAAGCCAUGGACGAAGCGGGAUUCUUCGGUUUUCGGAUGCGUGUGUAAUGGGAAGAAUUCGGAUCGACUUCGAGUGGUCGACGUCGGAUCGCGCGUGACGGGACAGGCGUAGAACGUUUCCGCGCGGGUGGGAGUGGAAUGGUUUUUCGGAGGUACGCCGCGGCGCCUAAGCUUUUUAAGUGCUCUCUCCAGUACCGGCACGGACACAUGUUGACGCUAACGCUUCUGCUGGACUGUGGUGCACCGUCGAAUCCGAGACCGACCGCCCUCGUACGAGUGCAAGGUAAGAGCUCUCUAACAGUUCGGCACGUACGGUGUGGACAUUCAUCGGGCAUGCGAUACGGGCUAAACAGACGGGCGAACGGGUGAUAUUUUCUGUGUCGAUCGUUCGGGAUUCAAUUAGUGGAAAAAAAUAAAUAAAUAAAAAAAUAGUUUACCGCGUUCGACGACAAUAAAACGUAACGCUUUUUUAAUUCGUUUUUUAUAUUCCUACGCGGACGAGUCGUCGACGGAUUCGCGUGAACCGUUCGCACCGGAUUGCAGAUCGAGAGUCUUUGUACGAUUCGUGAAAACCUAUCGCCUGACACAAAACGAACGGUCCACAAAAGUUUCCCGAAGAACGAACCGGCUUGUGUCGGAAAACGAAGUAGACGCGACGAGGACAACGACGACGAUCCGCAUCACGCCGCUUUUGCAAACGCAUAACGACCGGAUAAGAACACAGAUCGACCCGAAAUCGCUAAAUACCUACUGCGCUCCGUUCCGGUCCGUAUCCCAUGCGUGCACGGUGCGCAUAUAAUAUUGUCCACGUCGCUGUCUACCGAAAAGCUGCUUUUUGAUUUGAUAUCGUUCCCGUAGUUUACACGUAACACGCGUACAUACACGUACAGACGUUUUCCGUCAGAAUGCCGGAGACUGCUGUAUCCAGAGAACCCGAUCCGAACACCGUUUUCCUGAUCAAACUUCAGCAAAAGUGUUUACCCAACGCAACAGCGAAAUUAGCGACGAAUUCGUGUCCGAAAUAUUUCGACGGAUGGGCGUGUUGGGAAGAAACGUUGCCAAACACCACCGCGUUCGCCGCGUGUCCGUAUUACGUGGUUGGAUUCGAUCCGACAAGAAAAGCGUUCAAGGAAUGUCUGCCGGACGGCACGUGGUACAGGCACCCGGAGACCGGAAGGCAGUGGGCCAAUUACACCGGUUGCGUGGAUGUUGACGACUUAGAGUUUAGAGAACUGAUAAACUCCAUGUACAUCGUCGGUUAUUCCGUCUCGUUGGCUGCUCUGCUCACGUCAUUGCUGAUUUUCUUCACGUUCAAGACUUUGAGGUGCACCAGGAUCGCUAUACACGUGCACUUGUUCCUGUCACUGGCGCUCAACAAUUUCGCGUGGAUCAUUUGGUACAAAUUCGUCGUACAAGACCUGUCGGUGGUAAAACAGAAUGGCAUAUACUGCAGGUGUUUGCACGUAUUGCUGCAAUUCUUCAUGGUGGCCAACUACAUGUGGAUGUUCUGCGAGGGGCUGCACCUGCACAUGGCCCUGGUGGUGGUAUUCGUCAACGACGUGUACGCGAUGCGAUGGUUCUACGCGAUCGGCUGGGGACUGCCGGCCGUGCUGACCGGCCUAUACGUCUCUUGGAGGAGCUAUUCCCGAGACACCGAACAGUGUUGGAUGCACGAGAGCCACAGCCAGUGGGUGCUAGCGGUGCCGGUGUUCGCGUCCAUACUGACCAGCCUGUUAUUCCUGAUGAACGUCAUGCGAGUGCUGCUCACCAAACUGCACCGGAACUCGGCCAACCCCGCGCCCAUCGGCGUCCGGAAAGCUGUCAGGGCCGCGCUGAUCCUGGUCCCUUUAUUCGGCAUCCACUACAUACUCAUCCCGUACCGGCCCACGCACAAGACGACCGUGGAAGCGGUCUAUCAGAUACUCUCGGCGAUACUGGUGUCGACCCAAGGUCUGUGCGUGUCCGUGCUGUUCUGUUUCGCCAACGUGGACGUGCACGGGGCGUUCCACAAGUACAUUCGGAGGAUCAAGCGCAGGGGCACCACGCACACCAACGUGACGGGCACCACGCAGCCGGCUCAGUCGCAGGUCAAGGACGCCGUUGUCUGAACGGCGGCGAUGGAACGAGGCGAUAAAAUAAAUAUAUAAAUAUAUAUAUAUAUAUAUUUGUAUCAUUAUGUUGUAUAGAAUAAUAAUAAUAA